AUGCAGCUCUUGAACAUCGUCCUCGCCCUCGUGCCCCUCGUGGCCGUCUCUGAGGCUGUUUGCCACCAGAGCGGCGAGUCUUGGGGUUCCAUGAAAGACUCUGUGCUUUAUGGUCAAGGCCAGAAAAAGACGCACUGUAUCUUCGUCCCUGGCUCCGGCAAGCACGCCGACCUUGAGGUCAAGCGUCUUACAGGCGGCUCCACGACCCUGUCCGAGUAUGGUUGCUACUACUACCUGAACCGUGAGAUCACUGGCUGCUAUAAGGGUGGCCGACGAGCUUACGACAACUGGGAGUUCAGCGCGGACCCCAAUGCUGGCGCUUGCUAA